AUGCUGCGGCAGACGGCAUAUCCUACAACAACAUCGGCGCCCGCCAUGACUUCCUCUCUGGCUGGGAAGGCCGUGCGACCAAGGCUGAACACUACGACAAAUUGGUCUCUACCGAGAGAUCACGCGGGCCGUCCGGAGCCGGAAGAGCUUUCCCCGCUGUCACCGGAGCGGGCUGCUGGAGAGUACGGCUGGGGACAACAAAAGGAGAGCCAUGGUCACGGAAAUGGUCACGAAAACCGUGUAGAUGAACAAAGGGGCUCGGACAGCUUGAUCAUGGAGACGCUCACUUCCAGACCUCGCGAUAGUCUUGGCAGUAUGUCAUCUGACAUGUUGGAGGAGUUGAGGAAGAUCAUCAAAGAAGAAGUCGUUCAACUGAAGUCCAAUGAGACCGGCACCCCCAUCGACAUAUCUCGGCUUUCCCCCUUUUCCAGUCGAAACUCUGUCUUCACCCCGGCGUAUCCUAGCCCUCCGCCAUCAAUCAUUGCCGCACUCGGCACCACCAAGACUUCGUCGCCAAUGGAUCACAGCCCGGAAUUCGCCCACGCCAAGGCUGCUUCGGCGCUUCCUCCGCAGCCGCCGCCGCCAAUUUCGGUUCCUGUACCAGCACCCCAGUCCACCCCGCCCAUUAGUCCCGAGCAAAGGGCCGUUCGCUUUCGAAAUAGGGCACCGCCGGUCAUCCAUUGCCAACCGCGUGUUGAAUCGGAUAAUGAAGAUUCUGUCUCGCCGACUGCUCCUGCGGCGCCGCGCGUUGAGUUAAGUAGUGUCGACAAGGCGUGGGGCGUUUUGUUUGACUCGGAGGGAUAUCCUACCAACCGACUGAACUGCGUGCUCAGAGGCCUCGCUAACUACAUGAUUUCGGACUUUGGGCCUCCGGAUACACUCGUCGUUACCCCUGAGAAGAUGCUCAUGUUGUACACUAAAUACAAGGUCGAACCCGAGAGGUUUCAAUAUGAAGGCAUCUUCAAGUCAAGGGGCAAGGAAUCAUUAGAGCGAAUUGAGUUCCUGUAUCAGGAUUUAGACUGCCAGUACCAUCUCGUCCAGGCCGCACCCAGAUCUGACACCAACAUACCCGGCUUGACCCCGGCCGGUUUCGCCAAAUGGAUGAUCAGCAACAUCCUCGCAUACCCAGACCCGGAAGCCAGACGUCUGCACGCCAUCAUGACUGCCCUGCCCAUCAACGCCGACGGGCCCCUCCUCAACGGCAAACCCGAGAGGCUACCCAGACAGCUAUCUCGGCACCUGUUCCCAGAAGCCUACGAUCAAAAGGUCCGCAAAAUCACCGACGCAGCAAUGCGGGAUUGCCUAGAAGACAUCGCACCGCCCCUGCCCUCCAUCCCGCGAUCUCGACCGGGUCCCGGUCCGCCGCCCCAGGACGCAGCGAGGCUCCCCGAGGCCAAUACGCACACCCGCCGGUCUGCGAGCGACCUCAAGCGUCCCGCGUCCCUGGAGCACCGGUCCAGGACGUACGAUCGCGGCAACCACCGCGUUGAGCAACACCCGGCCCGACUCCCACGCGCAAACUCGGACACCGGCGCUUCUCUGCAUAGACACCGCGACUUGCCGCCCCCGCCGGUGGGACGCCACUCGGUCUCCUCCCAGAGACAGCGCAGCCCAGCGCCGACGAACCGGUACACCGCCUCGCUGCCCUCCAUCUCGCAGCAUCGCGGUAGCGGAGGCGGUACGGUGUCGCCUUUGUCACAGGUUGCGCCGUCAUCUUUGUAUGAUAUCCGCGGCGGAGGCGACGCCCACUACGGGGUGUACUCUGGUCGGGACCGGGAUGGCCAUCGCGGUUCGGACUCGAGGGAUGAGUCGCCGCGGUCGCCGCGGUCGCCGGGCUCUGGGAGACGGGGCGGCGGCGGUGGUGAUAGAGGUCCUACGUGGGAGGAUGUGUUUAGUCGCAAGGGGUCUGCUGGUGGGAGGGGGUCGAGUGUUGACGGGGGAUCCCAUCGGUCGUUCCGGUGA